ACACUAUUUCGCAUUUUUUAAACAAACGCACAAUCAUGCAGAACAACGUGAAGCAUAUUUUUGAUAGUUUCAACGAUUAUCUGGUAAAAGAACAGGAAUUGCGUACCGAAAUCCGCGACAUUGUUCGGGACAUCGACCAAGCGGCAAAGGAAGCGGCAAUUGCAUUGCAAAUCAUACACAGCAGUAUUGCAGAUGUUCCAGCUGCCUGUGCCAAGGCACGGCAAUUCUUCGACACAUGCCGCGAUGGAUACGCAAAACUGGCCGCACUCAUCCCCUUAGGGCAAUACUAUCGGUACCACGACCACUGGCAUUACAUGACACAGCGAAUUGUUUUCCUGAUUGCUCUUACCAUUUACCUCGAGAAGGGAUUUCUUGUCACUCGUGACACGGCGGCCGAAAUUCUAGGGCUUUCCGUAACACAAAAUGAAAGAUUCCAUUUGGACAUUGAGGACUAUCUUGUGGGUAUACUGCAGCUUGCCUCGGAAUUGAGUCGCUAUGCCGUUAACUCUGUCAUUUUGGGAGACUACGAAAAGCCACUAACGAUUUCAAAGUUUGUUGCCGAUCUCAACUCGGGCUUCCGGCUGCUGAAUCUCAAAAACGAUUCGCUCCGUAAACGAUUCGAUGCGCUAAAGUAUGACGUAAAGAAAAUUGAGGAAAUUGUUUACGACAUCAGCAUACGUGGAUUGCGCGCCGAAGUUGCUCCCGCCGUCGAACCGUCUGGGCAAGAAGGAAAAUGAUCUACCAAUCGAACAGAGCACGUUUAAAAUGCGUUUACCCAAGGUAUCAUCGGGCACUU